UUCAUUCUUUACAUAGAUUUUGAGGAUUGAGGUGUGUUUUGUGUUCUUUAACAGUGCUUUCAAUUUGGAUUGCAAAGAAUCUUUUGAACUAAAAAAAAGGCAACUCAGGAAGAAGAAUACAGGACCAGGAAUGACAGUAAGCCUCAGAUUUACUGUAGAGGAAAGGAAGAGGAACAAAAUUAUAUGUAAAGAAGUUCAUAUAUUUGCUUCAGGCUUCAUGCUGUAGGCUAUGGGAGGACUAUGGUAACAAACGAGUCAUAGAAACUCACUCAUACGACCACACAUUAUCAUUGACUCCGUAAAUAAGGUAAACCGUUUAAUAGUCACAGUGCUCUCUGCCACACAAAAUUAAUAUUGUAAAGACGUAGGUGAUAUAUAGAUAUACAUACAGUAUAUACACAUAAAAGUCCAGCAGACACACAUACAUUCACACAGGGACAAAUACAUAGACUUAAAGAACAUAAAGAACCAACACCCACACAAACUCCCAGAGGCAGCCAUGAGGGUUUUAUUGGUGAUAGGAGGCCUAACAAUCCUGGUCUCUAUGGGCCUGGCCCUGAUCGUCUUUGGCCAGCCCCUGACAGAAGUCAAGCUGACCCUGCAGAACCUGCAUCUGGAUCAGACGCAGAGGGCGCGCGUCAACCAACUCAAGGAGAGGAAGUGGCUGGAAAACUUGCUGAAGGGGCAGAUAGACUGGAAGAAGAAGAAUGUGGAGGAGAUGGAGGCAGAGGUGAAGAAACUGACCGAAGAGGAGGGGAAGAAGAAGACUGAGGUCGAGGCCUGCCAGGCAGAGAAGAAACAAAAGGAGGAAGUACUUUCACCCAUACAGAAGGAGCAGAGUGAUAUUGAAGCGACAUUCAAAACUGAAAAGGAGGCUUGGACAGGGGAGAUCACCACACUCAAACAGCAGUUGGAGCAGAGGAGCAAAGUGUGUGGUUUUGUGAAGAACUCAACAGAUACAGCGAAAUUAUGUCCACCCAAAGAAGGAGCAGCAAAAGCUGAAGUGGCCCCUGUAAAAGCUGAAGCGGCCCCUGUAAAAGCUGAAGCGGCCCCUGUAAAAGCUGAAGCGGCCCCUGUAAAAGCUGAAGUGGCCCCUGUAAAAGCUGAAGCAGCCCCUGUAAAAGCUGAAGCUGCCCCUGUAAAAGCUGAAGCUGCCCCUGUAAAAGCUGAAUCGGCCCCUGUAAAAGCUGAAGCGGCCCCUGUAAAAGCUGAAGCGGCAACUGUAAAAGCUGAAGCGGCCCCUGUAAAAGCUGAAGCGGGCCCUGUAAAAGCUGAAGUGGCCCCUGUUUAAGCUGAAUAGGCCACUGUACAAGGUGAACCUGCAUCUGUAAAAGUUGAAGCAGCCGCUGUUUAAAGCUGAAGAGGUCACUGCACAAGCUGAAGCCGACCCUGCUCCAAAGCGCUAGACGGCAAAAAUUUCUCUCAGAAUAACAUUAAUGGUGUGUAGUAUUUCAUUCAUGAUGCACAGUCAUAUAUAUGUUGUUUGUUUGUGGGUAAUCUUGGCAAACCAGAAACGAAAAUCUCAUUUAAAAAAAAACACAAUUUAUGUCAUUUAGUCUGUCCACAAGAGAUUAGGUUGUGGGCAUUGUCAAUGUGUCAUUUUGGCACACUUCUAGAAGCCUAAGAAACAUUUCCAAACUGGCAGUAACUACAGUGCAAAAGAGACCGAAAUUACAUUUUUAUUUAUUUUAUUUCACCUUUAUUUAACCAGAAGGGGGUUAUGGUUCCCAUUUGGGAACUACCCCUCCCACGUUCAGCUGGAACGGUGGCGCAUGGAAUGCAAAAAUAUUCUUAGAAAUAUUUAACCUCCACACAUUAACAAGUCCAAUAGCUCAAAUGAAAGAUAAACACCUUGUUCAUCUACCC